UCUGCUCGAGUGCAUUAACGACUCAAUAUUCUGAACAAAAUGGAUGGCUGUCGACGAGCUAGAAAGCGAAUUUUCCUAACUUAUCUGCUCUCAUUCGUGCUGCUCUCAAGCUUUUUCUACUACCUCAUGGCCUACAACAGCAGGAAUAACUUGGGCAUAAUGCGACUUCGUGAGGAUGUCGACGAUAUAUCGCACAUCCUUCGUCAGCAGCAGGUGGGCUGCAAAGGAGCGCAGGGGUCGUGCAAGGUCAGUUGUGCUGGAGGCGAUCCAAAGGGAAGUUGCGACCACCGGGAUGUAAGUGCCUAUGUGGACACGCUGCUCAAGCGCAAGAUGGGACAUUUGAUGGACGACGUUUACAAUCUGAAGAAGCAGGUGAUGAGUGCCGAUUGCUCCUCCAAAAGUGGCCAAGCGGCACCGAAACCAGAAGCCGCUUCGCUGGCCAGGCCGCGCAUUAACUACGCCUCCGAGGAUCUGGGUGCCAGGAUCAUCAAUGUGAAGGCACAACCCAUCGGUGGCACCAAUUUCAUCAAAUGGCUUCUGGGCCUGGACUUCAGCGCCAAUCCGCCGGUGAAUAUGAUUCGAGCGGCGCUUUCUCCGGGUGCCUGCUUCGGAUUCAAUGGCAGCCAGGCCACCGUGACUCUGCAACUGGCCAAGACCAUCGUCGUGGAGGUCAUAUCCCUGACCCACGUGGCCCGCGAAAUGACGCCCAGCUUGUGCGUGAGGAGUGCGCCCAAGAACUUCGAUGUAUACGGUUUGCGAAAUGACAAUUCUAAGAAGGAGCUGUUGGGACAGUGGAGCUACGAUAACGCGGCCAACAGGCGCACUCAGAGCUACAGUGUGCGGAGCGAGUUCUUUUUUCGAAAUCUGGCCUUUUUGUUCAACUCGAACCACGGUGCGAACUCCACCUGCAUUUAUCGCGUUGAAGUGUAUGGCAGAUUGCAUUAA